AUGUCGUAUAUUUCUCGCCUUGUCACGGGCGGUUCUCCGGUGUUAUGGUGUUGGAAUGGUGGCUGCUGCUUGCUGCGGGGCGUUUCUUUCGACUUGCUUCCCUUAACUGCAGCCAACCACUUAAGCUUCCCGUCUUCCUGCUGCGACGGCGGCAGGUGUUUUUGCUGGCUCUUGUGUCUUUCGCGGCUGCCGGUGCGCCGUUGGCUUUCGCUGCACUCGUUUUUCUCCCUGCUCGGCAGCUGUGGAAAGUCCGAUGACGUCAUUGGUGGUCUUGUCUUCUGGAGCUGUUGCUGUUCGCGUUCCUCUCGGCGCUCCCAUUGUCUUUUCGUGACGACGAAGGGGACCUUGAACUUGUUCUUGCAAAUUCUAUCUGCCGUCGGAUGCGCUCCUCCACAUAGCUUGCAACUUGGCUUGCAUGCCUUCUCGUGGUCCGCGUCGGGGUUGGCCUCCCCGCACGCGAAGCAUACUCUGGUCUCCGGGGUUGGACAUACGUCGAUGCGGUGUCCGACUUUUCCGCAACAUCUGCACACUUCAUGA